UCAGAAAAGAAAAUAAAACAAAAUGCAUAAAACAACAGAUCAUUUCAGUCUGAAAAGAAGUACGUUUCCCCUCAAUCCACACAUCCUACAGAUGUUGUUUGCAAUCUCUGAAUCACCGUCUCAGGACCUUCCAACGUACAGAAUCUAUGGAGGACAUGAGAUUAGAGUGUAGAACAAAUUUUCCAACAGCCUUUUCUUUUCUCUUUAUCUUUUUCCUUUUGUUUUUUGUUUUUUAGUUCAGCUUCUUUAUCGGUAAAAUCUGCUGUUUCUUCUUCUCAGUGCACCCACUGCACGUUUCUGUUCCGUCUCGGCAGUGCCUCAGUCCCAGACUUCUUCAAAAGCACGAGUCUCUCUCUCUCUCUCUCUCUCUCUCUCUCUCUCUCUCUCUCUCACAGAAACCAUUCUUCAACACCUUGAAACUGUCUCCGGCCUCCUGUGUUUUCUCUCUCUUUCUCUGCAUUCUUUUAAUGUCUUUGGCCUGAAAUUCUGCAAAACUACUCUCCAUGUUUUCUCUCAUUACUCAAACAAGCAGAUGCGGAACCCAAAGCUCCUAACUUUUCAAGGUCUUCGUUUUGUUUCCUCAACCGAAAGACUUUUCCGCUUCUAGGUUGUAGUUGCAAUGUCGACCGUAGAAAUGGCCCACCACAUCGAUUUGGAACAAGGGGGUCACCGCCGCGCCGGAAGUGACGGAAGCGCCGACGGUAGCGUCUGCUUCACAGACGCCGACGAGAGCUCGUGCUAUUCCCAGUUCUAUUCCACGAAUGGCGGGUCUUACGACGAGUACAGCUUCGCCUGUGUUUAUGAUCCUGAGAUCGGGAAAGGCUCGGUCUCUCGGAGGGACUCUUUGGCGUCAUCCUCGGAGUGCUCGGUGGAGGUGGAGAAUGAGAGUGGGGUCCCCGAAAUCAAGGUGCAUUUGGCUAAAGCCGAGAGAGAUUGUAGGAUUUGUCAUCUUGGGUUGGAGAGUAAUAGCCAUGAAUCCGGUGUUCCCAUAGAGUUGGGUUGUUCUUGUAAGGACGAUUUGGGUGCAGCCCACAAAAACUGUGCUGAGGCCUGGUUCAAGAUUAAGGGAAAUAAAACAUGUGAGAUAUGCCAUUCUAUUGCCCGUAAUGUCUUCGGAUCGAUUGAGAUCGAGUCAACAGAGCAUUCAAAUGAAGCCAACGAUGCCACAACAGCAGCUGCAGUCGCACCAGUGCCCAUAGCAGAGACACGAAGCUUCUGGCAUGGCCACCGGUUCCUGAAUUUCCUGCUUGCUUGCGUGGUAUUUGCAUUUGUCUUAUCAUGGCUCUUCCAUUUUAAUGUGCCAUCGUAAUAAAAUUCUGCAUAAGUGUUACUCAUGACUGAGGAAGGGGUUUAGAGGAAAAAGAAAGCAAGUUCUGUAAAAGGGCCUGCUAAAAUUGUUGCUACUGUUACGAAAAUUGGGAGAGUUUCAGUGUUCAAGCCUCCCAACGUUUAUAAAGAUAAAAAUACAACUUGAUGAUCUUCCCCUCCA